UCAAGAAAAACAAUUAACAAUUCAUAUAGAACAAUACCGGUGGUCAAAGUCAACCUAUAAGCAAAACAUCCUCCCCUUAAUUUAUAACAGCAUAUAAGUCAAUUAUUCUAGCGCUACCAGCAUAUAUAUAAGUGUUUUGCCGGCAUUCUGGUGUAUACAAAAUCAAAUGACCUUUGUCAAUGACAUGGAAAUCAGCUGCGGGCGGACUAUUUGAUAGAACCAGCAGCUCAUCAACGGUUGGCAGCAGAGAGCAGUUUAACAGUAUCAUUAGGGUAUACAAGAGGCACAGUAUAAUCCAAAAAUUUCGGUUAUUAGUCAGUCAAGAAUUUGUGAGAGUUAUUUUGCGGAAAAUGUCCCUGACAGCAGAGACUGUAGCUACAACAGUGUACGAGGGUCAAAAACCUGGCACCAGUGGAUUACGCAAAAAGGUUAAAGUAUUCAUCCAACCUAAUUACACCGAAAACUUUGUGCAAUGUAUUUUGGAUGCCAAUGGUGCUGCUCUUAAAGGUUCCACAUUGGUGGUGGGCGGUGAUGGGCGUUAUUACUGCAAAGAGGCUGCCGAAUUAAUUAUACGCAUGUGUGCUGCCAAUGGGGUAUCCAAAUUGCUUGUGGGUCAAAAUGGUAUUCUCUCUACACCUGCCGUUUCGAGUUUAAUACGUCAUCACAAGGCUUUGGGUGGAAUUGUUUUGACCGCUUCGCACAAUCCAGGUGGUCCAGAAAAUGAUUUUGGCAUUAAAUUCAAUUGUGAAAAUGGUGGUCCAGCCCCCGAUGCUUUCACAAAUAAAAUAUACCAACUUUCGACUGCCAUUAAAGAGUACAAAACUAUUAAAAGUCUGCCAGUGGAUAUUACCAAAGUUGGCACCACCACACACACUGUUAACAAUCAACCCUUUGUGGUGGAAGUUAUAGAUUCGGUGGCAAAUUAUGUCAAUCAUAUGAAGGAGAUUUUCGAUUUUGCCAAACUCAAAGAUUAUGUGAGUGGCACAUCGAGCGGCAAACCCUUAAAGAUGCGCAUUGAUUCAUUGAAUGGUGUUACCGGUUCCUAUGUGAGAGAAAUCUUUUUGAAUUGUUUGGGAGCCAGUGAACAGUCAGUGGUUCAUACCACACCAUUGCCUGAUUUUGGUGGCUUGCAUCCUGACCCCAAUUUGACCUAUGCCAAAGAUUUGGUAGAUGCUGUAGCAAAUGGGGAUUAUGAUAUUGGAGCUGCUUUUGAUGGAGAUGGUGAUCGUAACAUGAUUAUUGGUCACAAGGCCUUCUUUGUAACACCCAGUGAUUCGUUGGCUGUCAUUGCCCACUAUCUGGAAUGUAUGCCAUACUUCCAGAAGAAUGGUAUUCAAGGAUUUGCCAGAAGCAUGCCCACUGCAUCGACGGUGGAUUUGGUGGGCAAAAAAUUAGGCAAGGAAGUGUUUGAAGUGCCCACUGGCUGGAAAUAUUUUGGCAAUUUGAUGGAUGCUGGUCGUUUGUGUUUGUGCGGUGAGGAAAGCUUUGGCACAGGCUCAAAUCAUAUACGCGAAAAGGAUGGCAUAUGGGCUGUUUUGGCUUGGCUCUCCAUAAUGCAGCACACCGGCAAGGGUAUUGAAGAUAUUUUGAAAAAUCAUUGGGCUAUUUAUGGUCGCAAUUAUUUCACCCGCUAUGAUUAUGAGGAAUGUGAAUUGGAUCCUUGCAAUGAUAUGAUGGCCACCAUGGAAAAAACUAUCACAGAUGCUGCCUUUGUGGGCAAAGAAUUCUCAAGUGGAGGAAAAAGCUAUAAAGUCAAGGUAGCUGACAAUUUCUCCUACACCGAUCCUGUUGACAAAUCAGUGUCCACCAAACAAGGCUUGCGCAUAGUGUUUGAAGAUGGCAGCCGCAUUGUCAUGCGUCUUAGUGGCACUGGCAGUUCUGGGGCCACUGUGCGCCUAUACAUUGAUUCCUAUGAGAAAGACAAUGUUCUGGGUCAAGCUAGUGAAAUGCUUAAACCUUUGAUUGACAUUGCCUUGGAAAUAUCACAAUUGCCCAAAUUUACAGGACGCAAUGCUCCCACCGUUAUUACAUAAAUAAAAAAUAAAUAUAAGAUGAAGGCUCACACAGGAACCUGUAAAAGAACUACCUCAUUUCAAUAGAGGUAUAAAGAUUAUGUUUUUUUUUCUUUUAAUUUCUUUUUCUUUGGCGUUGUUAAUUAUUACUUUCCUAUUUUAGAAUGCAUUUGUUCUAUCUUUAUCGAUUAUGUUUAAUAAACUCGUGUGUACGUAAAAAUACAUAAGAAAA